AUCCACAAUUGUUCAGAAUUUCGCCAGUAUCCGGUGACUUAAAACAGCACUUAACAAGUUUAUCUUUUUCUGCAACGACAUUGUCAACUGCAAUGUUACUGGACAUUUUUGUAUUCAAUCUUUUUCCUUUAUCUCAAAAUUGGGUCUAAGCCAAUAUCUCCCAGAAGACUUACAAAUUGCGGGCACUUUUUUUGUUAUAAUUGUAUCAAGUCUGCAAUAAAAUGUGUCAAGUGUGACGUACCAGUGCAACCAAGAGAAAUGAGUCCUGAUCAUCUGGUAUCCGGUCUCAUUCAGCAUUGUGAUAUAAUCGCAGAGAUUAUUGGUGAAAGGGAUCUAUGGAAUAAUACUGCAAGUACACUCAAUGCAUCGUUCAAUACUACGGUAUCCCAGAUAAUUCGACCGCAGAAACAAUCUUAUAUAAGUAAAAAUAUAGAAAAAACAAAUCCAAAAGGAGAAACAGCAUUGCACACUGCGUGCUUAAGGAAAAAUGCUGAGAAAGUUAAACUUCUUUUGCUGGCUGGUGCAAAUCCUAAUACAAAGGAUAAUGCUGGUUGGACACCAUUGCAAGAAGUAGUCAGUUAUGGACAGAUUGAAAUAUGUAAGAUGCUAUUAGAUGCUGGAGCAUCACCAAAUAUAUCGGGAUAUGAAAAUAAAAGACCACUACACGAAGCUGCCAAGUCUGAUAGGAUUGAAGAAGCUAGAUUAUUAUUGAGACAUGGUGCUGAUGAAAAUUUAUGCGACCAAUAUGGCAAGAAGCCUAUAGAUUACUGUUACUCGGAGGAGAUGCGUCAGCUCUUGAUGGAUGGAUCAUCACGAUCCUUGUCCACGGAGACAUCGCAUGUUAAUCAAACGUUAGAUAAAUCAUUUUACGCAGGAAAUGAUAAAUUUGUAAUUCUUGCAUCACAUUUGAAACUUGAAAAUAAAAAAUUACUUUGUGUCACGGCCGCAAAGCAUAAAUUUAAAACUUUGACCACGUACAGGCCAGGUGUCACACAUGUCAUAGUGGAGGCAAACGAGCACAACGUCACGAAAUUGACGCUCGAUGUUUUGUUCACGAUUGUUCGUGGGAAUUGGCUUCUCAACAGUGAAUGGAUUCAACUGGCAGAGUACAUGGAUGAUAUAUCUGAUAUGGAUCUUGGAUUGUUUGAAGUCGGCGGCGCACCGACUCAUGGUAUCCCCAAGAAAGCAAGGCAAAAUACAGAGGAUCAAAAUCCACGUCUGUUCAACAACUGUUUUUUCCAUUUUGCUUUACAAGCAAAUACAACUUAUCAGAUCGGUGAUUUGCAACUGACUAAAGAUAAUCUUAUUAAACUUGUGAAGGAAGGAGAGGGAACGGUUCUCAUGAGAGAGCCAAAUCCUGAAGAUCUAAAUGACAUGUCGCAACUGAUACCUUUUCACAUUGCGAACGACUCGUCUCAUCCCUUGCACAAGUGUACACAUUAUGUUAUAUAUAUGCCAGGCAAAGGUGAACCGCUCAUUAAGUACAACAUGCCGCACAUCAAGAGUCUACCGCUGGUAUGGCUAAUUGAAUGCAUCGAGAAAUUUACUCUAAUCAAUCCAGUUCACCUGGGACUCUCCUAAGAGCCAAAUGUUCUUUAUACUAUCUUAUAUUUUAUAACUACCUGUUUCGCGCAAUGAGAGAUUUGUAACACGUAAAAUUUGUUCUAUAUUACAUUUUUAUAUUACAAGAUAA